AUGUCGGACAAGCAAAAAUCAAAGGUGGUGCUACCCAGCCCACGGAUGAUUCAGGAUUACGAUGUGGAAAAGAAAACAGCAUCAUCAUUCACUCCUGUGAAUACAUUAGGAGAAGCAAGUAAAAUAACAUUUUGGUCAGGUGUCUUUCUUGGUGGAAUGCACGUGAGGAGAUUGCUCCAGCACAGAAAAGGAGCCUCGAGGCCCGGCCAGGCCAGAUAUCUUGCUUUAUUUGAGCUUAGCAAGAGGCACUUUGUGUCAAUUCCGUUAGCUUUGGGAACAUACUGUUUUCUGUCAGAUUCGUUUUACAACUUGAACAACGGCCGCAAAACCACAAAGAACGAGAUGAUCUCGACUGCCACAGCCGUUCUGGUGGCCACCAUCUUCAAAAGAAGCAUGCCAACUGUCAACAAAGUGGGAUUAGCACUUGGAAUGGCAGGAUUUGUUGGUUUAUUCAAGUGGGCAGGUGAGUUUGUCGGAACCUACAACACAAAUCUUUCAUACACGCGCUCGCAUGGUUUGAACCAUGACCAGGAGUCCAACAAGGACUUGGAUCGCGACUUUGAGAAUGGAACAUACAAAAAACAGGGCUUUUGGGAAGUUAUGUACAGAAGGCCACUUUCCGAGACUAUUAACGAUCUUGGUGAGGGUAGAGGUAUAGGAAAGGCUUAA